CUGGUGCUCGCGCGUACAACAAUGCCAUGCAGAGAUCGAAUAACUCCUCGUCGAUCGUUGGACGCCGGCGACGUGCCAGGAAACAGAGAGGAGAGGGCUUGCUUUCACGGGCUUCCACUUGCUUGUUAGGACCGGCCCAUCGAUUCGGAAGGAAUGACGGGCCUUCUCCAUCCACUGAAACUUCGGGCCGUUUGGUUGGUCCAACGACAGCGAUCUUGCAUUCGUGUUCGUCAGUGCACACCCUCGUCCCACCGAGCGGCAGGCAAAUGCUCGUCGGCGGCGGCUGCAGGAGCUAGGGGGUCGGUGCGGUUGCUAGGCUCGGUGGCGUCGAGGCGGGAAGACCACUUCCAAUUCAUCACCCACCUAUUCCUUCGCACACAGGCCAUCAUCACACCAGAGCAAGAAUCAAGAAGCACUAACAAGAAGAUGCUGAAGAAACUUCUAUCGAAGACCAAGAGCAAGAAGAAGAAGGAGGCUGCCUCCUCUGCCCUGCCCACUUUGGAUCGGCUCCAUGAGACUCUAGAAAUGCUGGAGAAGAAAGAGCGUUUCCUUCAGAAAAAGUGUUCUGCUGAAAUCGAAAAGGCUAAGGAUUAUACAAAAGUGAAGAACAAGAAUGCUGCAAUUCAGUGUCUAAAGAAAAAGAAGCUGUACGAGACACAAAUUGAGCAGCUAGCAAAUUUUCAAUUGCGAGUUCAUGACCAGAUUAUAAUGCUUGAAAGCGCAAAGGCAACUACCGACACUGUUGAUGCUUUGCGCUCCGGAUCAUCUGCUGUCAAAGCUAUUCAGCAGUCAUUGAAUAUCGAUGACAUUGAAAAUGCCAUUGAUGAGGCGAACGAACAGACAGAAAAUAUGAGGCAGAUACAGGAGGCUCUUGCGACACCAGUUGGUGCUUCUGCUGAUUUUGAUGAGGAUGAGCUAGAAGCGGAGCUGCAAGAUCUGGAGGAGGAAGAGCUUGAUGAAGAGUUGCCUGAACCACCGGGGAGGUUAUCUGUGCCUGUGGAACCAUCAGCAAAAGCAACAUCCUCUUCUAAACAGGCGAGUGAUUUGAAUGAACUGACCAAACUUCAGGCAGAGAUGGCACUUUAGCCCUAGGCUGACAUUCGAAGAGAUUGGCAACAUUGUAACCUCUUUGUACGACUGACAUCUUGGCACGUAUGUGUAUAACUUGUUGUAAAUUCAGGUUGUCGUAGAAGAUCCCUUCACCUAGUUUUUAUCAUGAUCGUGUAGCCUGGCACACAACUGAGAACUGACCAAGCUUUGCCUGGACUCCUGGAGUAUCUUUCAUUUCUGCUUAGCAAAGCGCUAUUAUAAAUGGACGAAAAGGAAACGCUGUCUGGUUCGCUGGAUAAGGUUUUGUGAAGCUAUAUAAGCUAAGUAAGUUAUAUUUAUUGAAAAAAAAAGUGUUUGGUUUGUUGUAUUUGUUUAGACAGGCUGAGUUAAGUUUUUAUUUUGUUGAUUAAAUCUGAUGUCGUAAAAGCAGACGCAAGAGUUAAGAUUGUGAUUGCUUGUUCAUAUGAAAAUGGUUUUGUAACACUAAUAAGUGUGUUCGUCCGUAUGAGUGAAUGUAAAAGUUUGCAUUCA